AUGAUGCACGGAUACAGAGCGACUCCAAUCUCCAACAGCACCCUGUCCUUCUGUGGGACUGAUAACUCAUCUGCCUACAAGGUGGAUAAUGGACUUCUGAAUAACGGCUGUUUCCUGGAUGCUCUUGGGCUUGUACCACACGUCUUCCUUCUCUUCAGCACUUUCCCCAUCCUCUUCAUCGGUUGGGGCAGCCAAAGCUCUAAGGUUCACAUCCAUCACAGCACAUGGCUGCAUUUCCCAGGCCAUAACCUGCGCUGGUUGCUCACAGCCGCUUUGUUGUUUGUGCUGGUGUGUGAGGUCGCUGAGGGGAUUGUCUCCGAUGGGUUUAACCAGUCACGCCACCUCCAUCUUUAUAUGCCUGCUGGAUUGGGCAUUCUGGCAGCUAUAACCUCCAUAGUGUACUACCACAACAUAGAAACUUCCAACUUUCCUAAACUUCUGUUAGCUCUGCUCAUCUACUGGAUUUUGGCCUUUGUCACCAAAACCAUCAAGUUCACCAAGUACAAUGAACACAGAAUCAGCCUGGGGCAACUGCGCUUCUGCAUCACGGGCUUGCUGGCUUUAAUCUACGGCCUGCUGCUGACGGUGGAGAUCAACGUUAUACUACGCAGGCGCUACAUAUUCUUCCCACACCCGACUGAGGUGAAACCUCCAGAGGACCUGCAGGACCUUGGUGUCCGUUUCCUUCAGCCUUUUGUCAACCUACUGUCCAAGAGCACAUACUGGUGGAUGAACACAUUCAUCACAUCGGCCCACAAACAGCCCAUCCACCUGAAAACCAUCGGCAAGCUGCCCAUAGCUAUGAGAGCACUCACCAACUAUCAGAAGCUACGUAAGGCCUUCAAUACACAAAAGGAGCGAGGCAUGAUCCCUGCACGAGGCCCACGGUCAAUUUGGUACGCUCUGAGGCAGGCAUUUGGAGGCCCUCUACUCCUUAGCAUCACUUACCGCUUCCUGGCUGACCUGCUUGGCUUCACCGGGCCACUCUGCAUCUCUGGCAUCGUCCACCACAUCAGCCGUGAUAAUCACACCAUCAAGUCACCGGUGAAGCUGCUAGGCAUCCAUUUCAUUUCCUCACAGGCAUUUUUAGCGAAUGCCUACGUGUUGGCGGUGCUGCUUUUCCUAGCUCUGCUCCUUCAAAGGACAUUCCUACAGGCUUCCUACUAUGCCGCCAUAGAAACCGGCAUUAAAAUCAGAGGAGCCAUCCAGUGCAAGAUCUACAAUAAGAUCAUGUGCCUGAGUACCUCCAACAUGUCCAUGGGCGACAUGACCAUCUCUCAGAUCUGCAAUCUGGUGGCCAGAGACACAGAGCAGCUCAUGUGGUUCUUCUUUCUGUGUCCCAACCUGUGUGCCAUGCCAGUGCAGAUCACUAUUGGUGUGAUCCUGCUGUACUACUUAUUGGGAAUCAGUGCCCUGAUUGGAGCUGCAGUGAUCGCCAUUCUCGCCCCGAUGCACUACUUUGUGGCCACACAGCUUUCCCGAACACAGAAAAGCACACUGGAGUACUCCAGUGAGAGAUUGAAGAAGACUAAUGAGAUGUUGAGGGGUAUUAAGCUGUUAAAAUUAUAUGCCUGGGAGCACAUAUUUAGAUCCAGUGUGGAGGAGACAAGAAAAAAAGAGCUGACUAGCCUCCGAGCCUUCGCCCUCUACACGUCACUCUCCAUUUUCAUUAAUGCAGCCAUUCCAAUCGCAGCAGUUCUUACAACGUUUGUAGUACAUGCCUACGUACACAGCUCUACAGACACUUCUCUCUCUCCUGCUGUGGCCUUUGCUUCUCUCUCACUCUUCCACAUCUUGGUCACACCCCUCUUCCUUCUUUCUAGUGUACUACACUCAACUGUUAAGGCGCUUGUAAGUGUGCAGAAACUUGGCGAAUUUUUUGCUAGUGAAGAGAUUGAACUUGAUCAAGAAGCAAAAACUCCCACACCAACUGAUACAAACAACCACAGUAACAUAAAAUCAGUGUACAUGUUGCAACUCCAGGCCUCAAAGCUGGUUAACCGGAAGAACAAAGCCAAACAGGACAAGAAGAGUAAGAUACCACAGCAGGAUCCAAACCUGAACAUGUCUGUUGUAAACGAGGAGAAUAUCUGUCUCAAGAUCGUGAAUGGCUACUUCACCUGGACUCAGGGAUGUCCGACUCUGACCAACAUUGACAUAAAGGUUCCUUUUGGUGCAUUGACUAUGGUUGUAGGGCAGGUAGGAUGUGGAAAAUCCUCCCUACUGUUAGCUGCUCUGGGGGAAAUGCAGAAAAUCUCAGGAAGCGUCACAUGGAACAAAUUACCAGAUCAGGAAGAGGAAGAGAAUAACAGGUUGUUUGUUAAUCACGUUGCUGGCCCAAAAGCACCAGAGAAGAGAGCUCCAGUGGCCUACGUUUCUCAGAGACCAUGGCUCCUCAAUGCCACAGUGGAGGAGAACAUCUUAUUCAACAUGGCCCCUAACAAGAAAAGGUACGCAGAAGUGAUUGAGGCAUGCCAGCUCCAACCUGAUAUCGACACACUUCCCCAAGGAGACCAAACCGUGAUUGGAGAGAGGGUUUCUCUGUCUCUUUCUCAGGGCAUUAUUCUGUCUGGCGGGCAGCGGCAGCGUAUCAGUGUAGCCAGAGCUUUUUAUCAGCAAACUAAAGUGGUGUUCCUGGAUGACCCAUUCUCCGCUCUGGACAUCCACCUGAGUGACCAUCUGAUGCUGGAAGGAAUUCUGAAGUUCCUCAGACAGGAGAAAAGGACAGUGGUGCUGGUCACACACAAACUGCAAUACUUACCACAUGCAGACUGGAUCAUAGCCAUGAAAGAUGGGACAGUCCAGACACAAGGCACAUUAAAGGACAUCCAGUGUGCCGAGCCUGAACUGUUUGAACACUGGAAAACCCUGAUGAACCAACAAGACAAGGAGAACACUGUUGAGCUAAAGAGGAAGAGUUUCAGGAGGAUGUACACCAGAGACAUACUUGCCACAGAGGAAGACGAUGAAGAUGGUUCCCUGUGUACAGAUGAGGACAGCCUGACAGCCGAGCUGCAUCAGAGAAACACUAUGCUAUGGGGCUCACUGGGGACAUACCUGCGAGCAGCUGGCUUCCUUUUGCUUCCACUGCUUAUCCUGUCGCAGCUCACCAAACACUCGCUCAUGCUGGCAAUAGACUACUGGCUCGCCCACUGGACAUCUCAGGCUAUCGCAGCUCGUACUAACUGCACAUCAUCUGCACAGGACUGUGUGCCGAGUCAGUCUCUGUACCUGCAGGUGUUUUGUGUCUUGUGUUUUCUGGGUAUCGUGUUAUGUUUGAUCACCUCUGUGGCCAGCGAGUGGGCAGGACUCCGGGCCGCUCAGGAACUCCACUGCAGUCUUCUCCGUGUCAUCAUCCUCGCUCCGAUGAGAUUGUUUGAGACAACUCCUCUUGGGAAUAUUCUGAACCGAUUCUCUGGUGAUGUCAACAUCAUUGAUCAGCACAUCCCGGUUGCCAUGGAAUGUUUGAGCCGCUCCACUCUGCUGUGUGUCUCAGCGGUGGGUGUCAUAUCCUACAUUACCCCAGUCUUCCUCAUCGCUCUGCUCCCUCUGGCCAUCAUCUGCUACUUUGUCCAGAAGUAUUUCCGGGUGGCAUCCAGAGAUCUGCAGCAGUUAGAGGACAGCACCCAGAUCCCCUUGCUGUCCCACUACUCCGUAACUAUAGAGGGUCUGACCACCAUCAGAGCCUUUAGACAUGAACAAAGAUUUAAGAAGAAACUUUUGGAAUACACAGAUGCCAAUAACAUCGCCUCGCUCUUUCUCACAGCAGCCAAUCGCUGGCUCGAAGUCCGCAUGGAGUACAUCGGGGCAUUUGUGGUGCUGAUAGCAGCUGUGGCGUCCAUCAGCAGUGCCCUGUACAGUAAACUCUCAGCUGGAUUAGUGGGUCUGGGCCUCACAUAUGCUCUCAUGGUGUCGAACUAUCUGAACUGGAUGGUGCGCAAUCUGGCUGAUAUGGAGGUCCAACUCGGCUGUGUGAAGAGGAUCAGCCGUCUGCUCAACACAGAGCCUGAGAACUACAAUGGAGAAAUGACUCCAGCUCAGGUUCCAGCAGGCUGGCCCAAGUAUGGCGAGAUCCAAAUCAAGAACCUGAGCGCAAGAUAUGAUAGCAGCCUAAAACCCAUCCUAAAGCAUGUCAAUGCUCAUAUCAAACCUGGACAAAAGGUGGGGAUAUGUGGCCGAACAGGAAGUGGGAAGUCUUCCUUUUCGUUGGCUCUUUUCCGAAUGGUAGACACAUGCGAGGGUCGAAUUAUUAUUGAUGGGAUUGAUAUUGCUAAAUUGCCCCUUCAGACCCUGCGCUCCAAAUUUUCCAUCAUUCUUCAGGACCCCAUUUUAUUCAGUGGAACAAUUCGAUUUAAUCUGGAUCCAGAGAGAAAAGCCACUGACCGGAUGCUGUGGGAAGCUCUGGAUAUCGCUCAGCUCACACCCGUGGUGGAAGCUUUACCUGGCGGAUUAGAUGCCAUGGUUACAGAAGGAGGAGAAAACUUCAGCCAGGGGCAGCGGCAGCUCUUCUGUCUGGCCCGAGCAUUUGUGAGGAAGAGCAGCAUCCUGAUCAUGGAUGAAGCCACAGCGUCUAUAGACAUGGCCACUGAAAACAUUCUACAAAAAGUCGUUAUGACUGCUUUUGCAGAUUGGACUGUCGUAAACAUUGCUCAUCGUGUGCACACCAUCCUGGGCUCAGACGUAGUCAUCGUGAUGAAGGGUGGAGCCAUUCUGGAAUACGACAGACCUGAUGUCCUGCUGGAACAGAAAGACAGUGUCUUCUACUCUUUCGUCAGAGCAGACAAGUGAGAAAGGCAACAAGGAGUGUGCAUUUCAUGGGCAAGGACGCAUAAAGGGAUUUUACUCUGAUCUAUAAGCAUGUAACGAUAUAUCAUGUAAUGUAAAUCACAAUAAAAAUUUGACCAUUUGAA